AUGUGUCAAGUUGCCAUCUUCGAGUGUUGCAGACAACUUCUGGUGCUGCCUGUGAUCACGGCUUCAGAUCAGAACUCAACGUCUCUUCUCACUUUCACCGUUGUUGCUUCAUACCUUCCUGUCGUUACACUCUCGGUUGACAGUGCCUGUGAGAAUCAAGAGACGGUGCGUUUUGCAAAGCAAACGACACCGCAGAGAGUCGCAGGAGCUAGUGUUUUAUUUUGGGAAAGAAUUUUUGAAAUGGAAGAAGACAAAGGAAUUAAGCAGGAGUCAAGUAAUUCAGCAACUGAGGUUUAUGAGCUACCUGGAGAACCUGCUAUUGUAAUUAAUGGGGUGCCUGACAUAAUCCCUGGUGACUGCUCUAUUGCUUCCCGUGGUGCUCCGAGCAAAGUUGAAACACAUGUCCUUUCAGGUUUGGGUGAAUGGUUUGAAGGGAGGGAAGUGAGGAAGUGGUUUAUGGGAAGAUAUUACUCCGGUAGAGUAACUGAUUUCGACAAAGAUUCUCGGUGGUACAGGGUUCACUAUGAAGAUGGGGAUUCGGAAGAUCUUGAUUGGAACGAGUUGGAAGAGGUGCUUCUUCCUUUGGAUGUUACAGUUCCACUUAAGUCAUUGGCAGAGGAGGUGGUCAGGAGAGGCAAUAUAUCUGAUUCUAAAUCUGUUAAGAAUGUAGAUCAUUCACAAAAUCCCCAAAUCAAAAGAAAGAUAACAAAAGGAAAGUAG